AUGAAGGAGACGCUCUUAAUUAGACUAUCAGCAGGGGUCCCUUCGCCCGCUGACCACACUGGACCAGACAUACUAGUGCUCAUUGUUGCAGGUGGAUGGGUCCAGUGGGACACCUCCAGGUGGAUGGGUCCAGUGGGACACCUCCAGGUGGAUGGGUCCAGUGGGACACCUCCAGGUGGAUGGGUCCAGUGGGACACCUCCAGGUGGAUGGGUCCAGUGGGACACCUCCAGGUGGAUGGGUCCAGUGGGACACCUCCAGGUGGAUGGGUCCAGUGGGACACCUCCAGGUGGAUGGGUCCAGUGGGACACCUCCAGGUGGAUGGGUCCAGUGGGACACCUCCAGGUGGAUGGGUCCAGUGGGACACCUCCAGGUGGAUGGGUCCAGUGGGACACCUCCAGGUGGAUGGGUCCAGUGGGACACCUCCAGGUGGAUGGGUCCAGUGGGACACCUCCAGGUGGAUGGGUCCAGUGGGACACCUCCAGAUGGAUGGGUCCAGUGGGACACCUCCAGGUGGAUGGGUCCAGUGGGACACCUCCAGGUGGAUGGGUCCAGUGGGACACCUCCAGGUGGAUGGGUCCAGUGGGACACCUCCAGGUGGAUGGGUCCAGUGGGACACCUCCAGGUGGAUGGGUCCAGUGGGACACCUCCAGGUGGAUGGGUCCAGUGGGACACCUCCAGGUGGAUGGGUCCAGUGGGACACCUCCAGGUGGAUGGGUCCAGUGGGACACCUCCAGGUGGAUGGGUCCAGUGGGACACCUCCAGGUGGAAUGACUUAA